UCCUUCGCGAUAAAAAAAACCCGCGACUCAGGUCAGAGAGAGAGAGAGAGAGAGAGAGAGAGAGAGGAAGAGGAAGCUUGAACCACCGGUGGGAGGAGAGAAAGAGAAGGAGCUGCGCCGAAGCGCACGCGAGGGUGCGACGUGGCGGUGGGCAUGGCGGGCCGGGCGGCGGGGCGGGGCGGGAGGCCGCUGCUGGGUGGCGCCGGCGGAGGCGGGGGUGGGAAGCGGAGCGGGAGGCCGUCGACGGCGGUCGUGGCGGCGCUGCUGCUGGCGUGCGCGGCGCUGUUCCUGCUCCUGGCGCUCGGAGCGCUCUCGCUGCCCGGGGCCUCCGAUGGCGCCGGCCGCGGCGCGGGGCUCGCGCGCCCGCGCCCGCGCCUCCGCAGAUCCGCGUUCGAAUCGGGUCUGGAAAUGCGCGGGGAGAAGGGGGAGCCGUGGACGGAGGUGCUGUCGUGGGAGCCCCGCGCGUUCGUGUACCACAACUUCCUCUCCAAGGAAGAAUGUGAGUAUUUGAUUUCACUGGCAAAGCCUCACAUGAAGAAGUCAACAGUAGUUGAUUCAGCAACUGGAGGGAGCAAGGAUAGCAGGGUGCGGACAAGUUCGGGAAUGUUUCUUAGAAGAGGGCAGGACAAAGUUAUUCGUACAAUCGAGAAAAGGAUAGCAGAUUACACCUUCAUACCUGUAGAGCAUGGAGAGGGUCUUCAAGUUCUCCACUAUGAAGCUGGACAGAAGUACGAACCUCAUUUUGAUUACUUCCAUGAUGAUUACAACACCAAAAAUGGAGGCCAGCGUAUAGCAACUCUUCUUAUGUAUCUUUCGGAUGUUGAAGAGGGUGGUGAGACUGUGUUCCCUUCCGUGACAGUGAACAACAGCUCAUCACCAUUUUAUAAUGAACUGUCUGAAUGUGCAAAGAGGGGUCUAUCUGUUAAACCGAAGAUGGGAGAUGCAUUGCUUUUCUGGAGCAUGAAACCUGAUGGAUCCCUGGAUCCCACAAGCCUGCACGGUGGAUGUCCAGUGAUAAAAGGCAACAAAUGGUCUUCAACAAAGUGGAUGCGUGUUCAUGAGUACCAAGUUUAGAUACGAGAAAACACAGACCCGAGCUCUUUGCAGGUCAUGCACCGGCUCAAACUUGCGGACAGUUUUAGCACAUCUUGAGGGCCUCAAUUUUCCAGAGGAUGAUUUACAGUUCUUUUUUCUAGCUAUUACUAAGGCUUCGUCGUAGGCACUAUGUUGUACAUUAACAUAUUAGGCUGAUGUCGUUCAGUGGAUAUGGACGGAUUUAGUGUAUAAAACCAUUGCCUUUCUCAUUCAAAUCAAGAUAGGAUGUCUAAUAGAGUGAUUGGUGAA